UUCACUCUCCGAUACAUGAGAAUGGCGUAAUUGGUUGUGCAGGGAAGAUCCCACCAUACUUCAGUUCUGCUGUCACAAUUUUUGAAAGGAAGAAUCGUGAGAUCUGAGCACCAAAACUCGGAGAGAUAAAGAGCUUAGAGUAGUAGACACAGAGAGGGACUUAGAGCAGAGAGAUGGAUAAGAUGAAUCAGGCAUUUGAGAAGAUGAAGAUGAUGGUAGGUAUGGAGGUUGAAGACGAGGAACGAGCUGCCGAGGAAGAAAGCUCACUCUCUUUCAUGGAAGAUCUUAAUCGCAAUUGCGCUUUGACUACCAAACAGAGAUUCUAUGGGUUUGCAAUUUGUUUGUCAGCAGGGUUGACAUGUACACUUUUGUCGAUGCUUGUUUUCUUCAAUCCGGUCAAGUUUGGAAUCACAUUUACUCUCGGAAAUUUGAUGGCACUUGGGAGCACAGCAUUCCUUAUAGGCCCACAGCGGCAGGUGACUAUGAUGCUUGACCCUGCCCGUAUCUACGCUACUGCUUUGUAUCUAGCAAGCAUUAUCAUUGCCUUGUUUUGUGCUCUUUAUGUUCGUAACAAGCUUCUGACGCUGCUGGCCAUCAUUCUUGAGUUCUCUGGUCUAAUUUGGUAUAGCUUGAGCUACAUCCCUUUUGCAAGGACCAUGGUCUCCAAGGUCUUCUACACUUGUUUCGACACCGAGUUUUAAGCAACAUUACACAGAUCGUCCCAAAACCAUUGUGCUUUGUUUGAACUAUUGGUCAAGCUCCCAAAUGUGUUCAAAGCUGGACUUGUUUGAUGCACAAAAAACGUUAAAGAGCCUUCAUAGCCUAUGGUUUGGCUUAUCUUCGGUACUCGUUUCACACACAUUUUGUAUAUUUUACUGUGGAAUUUAACGUAGAUUUGGUCCUCUUUUUCUUCCCUAUUUGUUUCAGUUCUUCUGUAAGAAAGUAUGUUAACCAGCUAGACACUGUAUUUUGAAUAUUCUGCAGAAUAGUUUCGUGUUUGUUACAAAAUUCAGAUACUCUUAACAUCACAA